UCGACUUUAGUGCUAUAUAAGGUGUAGUUAUGUGAGUGACGAGGCAGUUUGUACAGAACGCAUAUUUAGUGAUCAUGUCUGGACGCGGCAAAGGCGGAAAGGGCUUAGGGAAAGGAGGCGCCAAGCGGCACAGGAAGGUGUUGCGGGAUAACAUUCAGGGCAUCACUAAACCCGCCAUCCGCCGCCUGGCCCGGAGAGGGGGAGUCAAGCGCAUCUCGGGUCUUAUCUACGAGGAGACUCGUGGCGUUCUCAAGGUUUUUCUAGAAAAUGUUAUUCGAGACGCUGUCACCUACACAGAACACGCCAAGAGGAAGACUGUUACCGCCAUGGAUGUGGUGUACGCUCUCAAGCGCCAGGGCCGCACUCUCUACGGCUUCGGAGGCUAAAUCUUCUAUUGCCCAUCAAUCUUGUACCCAAAGGCUCUUUUCAGAGCCACC